AUGAUCUGCAGUUCACCGACACAUUUACCAGGAAUCCAGUGCUUAGCUUACUUCGAGAGAUACACCUACAAUAGAGAGAAGAAUAUAUGCGAGAUGUUCGUCUACGACAACCGACGGGAAUCGGCUCGGAUGGACACCACGCGGCUCUUCGUAUACUUUACAGGUACACCACGGCAUAUUACACGUGAUAAAAAUGAUAUUAUUGUGGAACACGUGGAAUCUGGAACGUGUUCACUUCGAAAAUCAUGA